AUGAGUGGUGACUUGUCGUAUGACGCUUUCGACCCAGUAUUAAACCUCGUUGGUGUUGCUAAAGAAAAAGCUCUGCAGGAUGCAAGACCAAGUGACGGCCUUUCGGAGACUGUGGAACCCGAUGGUGAGAGUGAAUUUCUCGGUGUUGGCGACGUUGAUAGCAAUUGCGAAUGUGAUUGUGAGGCCGAUGGUGAUGGGGAUGAGCGUGAAUUUCUACGCUCAGCUUCUAAAGCGAACACCACCCUUCGAUUGUCCACAGCCUAUUCUUGUUGGAGAAGUGGUCGUGACAGACUCGAGGAUAGCCGACCAUCAACUCCGAGGGCCUGCGAUUCCCCCAUGUUUGAGUCUCAGCACCAACGACAUCGGCAACAAUUGCAUCUGCAAGAGCAUGAUACCGAAAAGUCGGUAGAGUUGGAGCUCGAGGAUGCGUUGCGUGAUCCACUUGAUCUUACAAUUCAGGGAGUCAGUCUACUGCGUCAAGCAGGUGGGCCUGGAGCCUCUCAGACUGGACCGGAAGUAGCCUGGUGGUGGGGUACAGGUCUCACAGACUCGAUGAACAGCUUCCUUUGCAGCCUACCAGUCAAUGGUUCUGUCGACGAAGGAAGUGGUGGCUGCGGUGAAAGGGGCCUUGCUGGUGGCAGGGACAAUGUCGACAGAUCAAGGGUGGGUAAUGCCUCGGAGGCGGCAGGGGAUGAUUCUGUUGGCGAAGAAACCUUGGGUCGCCCAGACAGCCCUUCAGAAGCUUGGCUGUUAGCGACGCCAAGACCGCAUUCAGAUGCCAACAGUCCAGAGCCUACGCAUUCAAUGUCGAUGCAUUCAUUGCCAAACGAUAAUCCACCAGUACUGACCGGUGAGUUAGAGAUUGUUAAUGUUUAUUUGGUAGAAUAUUCUUUAUUGAAGUUUUUUGGUGGAUCCCAGAAUCAGAUGAAAUAUAUCGAAUUCAACAGCUUGGUCUAG